AUGGAUGGAAACUCAGAAAUAAGUGAUGAUAAUGAACAAACAAAUCGAACAUUAUCACUUUUCGUACUAUUUAUCAUUUAUGUUAUCGCUGGUUCAUUAUUACUCAGCAGCUAUGAACCUGAAAUGCCAUUUUUUACCGCUAUAUAUUUCAAUUUUAUAACAUUGACAUCUAUUGGACUUGGUGAUAUUGUGCCACAAAGGCAAACAUUUAUGGCAUUAACUAUUCUCUACAUAAUUAUCGGCUUAGCACUUACAACAAUUGCUAUUGAAAUUAUUGCAGAUACAUUGAAGAAAUUACAUUAUUUCAGACGAAAAAUUCAAAAUGUUGGCAAUAUCGAAAUUUGGUUUGGUGAUAAAAGGUUUUU